AGAAAAAGAAUUACAACAACAUCAAAUACAAUUUUUGGAUCCAAAUACUAAUCCAAUUAAAAUGGAUUUUGAAAAUUCUGAAAUUCCUGCACCAAAUUCAAAUGAUGAUGACUGUAAAAAUGAUAUUGAAGAUGAUGCUAACAUUAUUACUUCUGAACAUUGGAAAUAA